AUUGUAGUUGCAUUUUCAACUUUUGUGCAGGCACACAGGCACAGCAGGGAAGUUUGGAUUCCAAUUUUUUUUUUUUUUUUUUACCCCCUUCUUCUUCUUGGGGUUGUUUUUUUUUUCCCAUCACAAUUUGCCUCUUUUGUUUCCUCUUUAAUAAAUAUGAGAGGUGGCUUUCUUGCCACUUUUCUUUGGAAUUUAAUAUGUGCCGUUUCUGGUGCUGUUUUACGGGUAGGAUAAGGAAACAACAAAAAGGUGUGACAAGAGCUUGGCGGACAACUGUGGAUUUCUGCGAGUAGGCUAACUCUUACCGUCCAAAGGGGAUGAGGGGGGCAUCGGCCGGACCCCCCUCUUGAUUGAUUACUAUUAGUCAUCCCUUUGGCUAAAUGGGACCCAUUCAAAAGGCACCGUGGAACAAAUACAUGAAUCAAAUAUUCCCUGAAUGUCUCAAGAGUAGUUUUGCUUAAGUGAGGGGGUCGUGGCUUAGCAAUAUAAAGAGGGGGAAGCAGGAUAGGUUUAUGGGUUUAUUUUUUGACAGUUUCCAGCUUUGACAUUUUACCGCUAUAAAAAAAAGGAGAGAAGAAGAAAAAAAAACAACUCAAGAGGAUUCCAAAGAGGAGAACAUUUGUGGACAUUUUUUCUUCUAGUUAUUCAUUUUUUUUUGCCAUUCAUCAUUUUAAAUAGUAUUAUUUUUUAUUAUUAUUAAUAUUAUUUUUUGCUGUUUUUUCUCCCGAACAAUGAAACUUUGGACGUCUCCCUGGGUGUCUUGCCUGGUGAUUCUCAUCUUGUGUUUUGGAUCAGAGUGCGGGACAGCCCGGGGACUGGGGAGAUCCAAGAGGGAGUUGGUGCGCAUUAGGGAGGCGAAAGCCACCGUACCGGGGGCUUGUGCCACGCGUCUGCCCCGGGGCAAACGCUCUCUUGCCGGCUUGGAGCGACGGGUGCUGCGCCAGCAUCGGCGCUCCUCGCACGCGGAGGAAAACUCUCCAGACCGGAAGAAAGCUGUCUAUUUCACCGGCAGGGGAGACCAGCUGCGGCUGAAGCCCGGCGUGGAGAUACCCAGAGGCAAUUUCACUCUGGAGAUGUGGAUCAAACCCGAGGGAGGUCAACGAUCACCGACAGUGAUUGCAGGCCUAUACGACAAGUGUUUCUAUGCCUCCAGUGACCGUGGCUGGCUGCUUGGUAUCAAGGCAGUUAGUGAAAAUGGAAACCGUGACCCCCGAUUCUUCUUCUCCCUUAAAACUGACCGUGCCCACAAAGUGACCUCCAUCCACUCGAAUGUUCGCUACAUACCCAACCAAUGGGCACAUGUGGCAGUCACAUAUGACUGCGUAUACAUGAAGCUCUUCGUCAAUGGCGCCCAAGUGGCCGUCAGUCGGGAACAGUCGGGUGAGGUUUUUAGUCCUUUGACCAAAAAGUGCAAAGUCCUGAUGACUGGGGGAAAUGCACUGAAUCAUAAUUACAGGGGAGCAGUGGAAAAUGUGGCUCUAUGGAGACAGGCCAGAGGGCAGAGGCAGAUUAUCAGGGAUAUGCAGGGCCACGAAGACCCCCACGAUCUACCUCAGCUGGUCAUUCGUGAAACAUUUCAGCACCCAGGCCGGAAGUGGCUGACUGUAAAAGAUGGUAGCUUUCCUCAGCCUGAGCAGGCAGGAAGUGGCCGAUUGGGGUUAGUGGGUGGCGGUGGAUUUGGAGGUGCGGAUGGAUUAUUGGACACGACGCUCGAACCCCCAGCUUGUGGCCAAACUGUUUGUGACAAUGUCGAGGUUAUCAAAAACUACAACCAGCUUUGGAAAUUCCGCCGGCCUAAGAAAGUGCGUUACCGUGUCAUAAAUAUAUGGGACGAUGCUCGGACGAGGCCUACUGUAUCAGACCACCAAAUCAGCCUGCAGCACCAACGGCUAAAUGAAGCCUUUAGCCCCUACAAUAUCACCUGGGAGCUCAGCAUUCACAAUGUGACCAAUUCCUCCCUUCGUCACCGACUGAUUCUAGCUAACUGUGAUAUCAGCAAAGUCGGGGAUGAUGUUUGUGACCCAGAAUGCAACCAUCCUCUAACAGGCUACGAUGCAGGAGACUGCAUGUCUGGGUACCGGAGCCGUUGUCCUGAACACAAACAGGGUAAUGGUGUAUGUGACUCUGAAUGUAAUUGGGAAAACUUCUUGUAUGACCUUGGCGACUGCUGUAAUCCCAAUGUGACGGAUGUGACCAAGACAUGCUUCAACCGCUCCUCUCCACACAAAGCUUAUUUGGAUGUGAAAGAGCUGAAAGAGAUCCUGCAUUUGGAUGGCUCGACUCACCUGAAUGUCUUCUUUGCCAAUUCUUCUGAUGAAGAUCUGGCGGGGGCUGCCACCUGGCCCUGGGACAAAGAAGCCCUCACACAUUUGGGAGGCAUUGUGCUGAAUCCCUCCUUCUAUGGCACAUUUGGCCACACCGACACAAUGGUCCACGAGAUUGGCCACAGUCUUGGGCUUUACCAUGUGUUCCGAGGUAUAUCGGAGAUCGAGUCGUGCAACGACGCAUGCCUGGAGACCGAGCCCUCGAUGGAGACUGGAGAUCUUUGCGCCGACACCAACCCAACUCCCAAAUACAAAGGCUGCCAUGACCCCGAACCGGGCAACGAAACCUGCGGCUGUCGGCAUUUCACACACACGCCGUUUAACAACUACAUGAGUUACGCAGAUGAUGCUUGUACAGACUCCUUCACACUGAACCAGAUGGCAAGAAUGCACUGCUACCUGGACCUCAUCUACCAGACCUGGCAACCCUUCUCUAAACCUCCCCCGGUGCCAAUGGCACCCCAAGUGGUCAAGCAGCAUCAUAAUUCCAUCACCGUGGAAUGGUUUCCACCAAUUUCUGGACACUUUUACGACAGAGAAGUGGGAUCAGUGUGUGAUAAAUGCACGGAGGGGAGAGUUCUGCUACAGUAUGCCUCAAAUUCCUCUUCACCACGACCAUGUGACCCGUCUGGACACUGGUCCCCACGAGAGGCUGAAGGUCCUCCAGAUGUGGAGCAGGCUUGUGAACCAAGCGUACGCACCUGGAACCCCAUUGCAGGAAUCGAGCAACGGGUCAUCGGCUUGUCGGAGUGCCCUCCCCAGGGCUGCAUGCUUCAGCUGGAGUUUGCUCACCCACUGGUGCCAGACUCUCUUACUGUGUGGGUCACCUUUUUCGACCCCGAGGAAACGGCACUGCCAGCCAUCCACAACAUCUUGCUACUGACCGUCAGUGGCAACAACAUCUCCUUGGGCCCGAGUAAUGUCUUCUGUGACAUCCCACUUACUCUGAAGCUGGACGUAGAGGAGGAGGUGUACGGGGUACAGUUUUUCACCAUGGAUCAACACCUAGAGAUCGAUGCCACCCUCUUGGCAUCCAAGCCCAACUGCCUACUCUGUAGACGUUGCCAACCACUGCGCUACCGCCUGCUGCGCCAGCCGUCCUUCAUCCAUGCACCGCAUGGCCUGAUGCUGAACGAACCUACCCGCCGAUAUACAGACAGGGAAGUGCUGCCACACAUCGUGUACACCUACCAAGUGCAAACCAUCUCCAGCCGGAGUGAGAGUGAGCCCUCCCCGCCUUUGUUGCAUGAACUGGGAUCACCGCAUUGUGGGGAUGGACGAAUCCAGAGUUCCAACGAAGAGGAGUGCGAUGAUAUGAACUCUAUGAACGGGGAUGGCUGCUCCAGUCAGUGCAAGAAAGAGCCCUUCUUCAACUGUAUUGAGGAGCCGAGCAUGUGCUACUACUAUGACGGCGAUGGGGUGUGUGAAGACUUUGAGCGGGAGACCGGCGUGAGAGACUGUGGCCUCUACACCCCCAGUGGUUUCCUCGACCAAUGGGCCUCCAAUGUCGAAGUUUCCCACGAGGAGAAGCCUUACUGCUCCGGUGAGGUGGCUGCUGGAUACCCUGCUGUUACUAAAACAUGUCAGUCCAAGGUGUUUGAUCUGUCAGACGGAGUGUCCCAGUAUGCAUGGUUCCCCUGUCGUGAUGUUCAUGAGUCAGCCUGGGGAUAUCCUAGCUACUGGCUGAAGGCUCACUUUUCGCAUCCCAUGGUGGCAGCAGCAGUGAUUAUACACCUGGCCGCAGAUGGGACUAGCUUACUUGACCAGACUCAGUGUAACAUCACUGUUCAGCUCGUAGACACCAAGGAGGGUAUCCAUAGUCUUGGUGAGUGGCGUCUCAGCUGCCGCACCAACCCUUUGGUGAUCCCAGUGAACCACGACCUGUCCGUGGCCUUCUACCACACCAAGGCGAUCCUGGUCAUGUUCGCCUCUCGCCUCGUGGCCAUUUCAGGCGUCGGCCUGCGCUCCUUCCAGUCCUUUGACCCCAUCACAAUAAGUGGCUGCCAGAGCAACGAGAUCUACAACCCCACAGGACAGAGUUGUGUACAUUAUUCGUGCGAAGCCAUUGACUGCCAGGAACCUUUAAUCCGCAAUGCAGAGCUCAAGUGCAGUAGCCCCGGCCGCCACUUCUACAACGGGGACCGCUGCACUAUAUACUGCAACUCUGGAUACGUCCUGCAAGUCCACCAGGAUGAUGACAUCAUCAAAAGCCAGUCUGACUCUUCGGUGACUAUAACCUGUGCAAAUGGGAAGUGGAACAAACAGGUGUCAUGUGAGCCGGUGGACUGUGGUCUUCCUGACAAAUACCAUGUUCAUCCGGCACAUUUCAACUUCUCGGAGGGAACGACCUACGGCAAGAAGAGUACCUUUCAGUGUCGAGAACCUGCCCAGCUUGUAGGUACAAACAACAGUCUUACAUGCCUAGAAGACGGUCUGUGGUCCUUCCCGGAGGCACUUUGUGAACUCCGUUGCCCGGCGCCCCCUCCCGUGCCGAAUGCUGUGCUGCAAACCAAGCGCUGCAACGAGACGGGCCUCAAAGUGGGCACUCUCUGCAAGUACAAAUGCAGGCCAGGCUAUCAUGUCACCAACAAACCUAAGAGGCGUGCGUUUAAGCGGCAGUGCACGGAGGAUGGGAGCUGGCUUGAGGGAGCAUGUGAACCAGUGACUUGUGAUCCCCCACCUCCGAUCUUCCACGGCUCUUAUUACUGUACUGACGGCUUCCGCUUUGACAGCGUCUGCAGACUCAACUGCUCUGAUCCUGCUGGUAAUUCUGCUUACGCCGCCACAGGAGGCUCUGCCCAUACGGUGAGGCUGCUGCACGGUCCAUGCAAGCAGGGCGCAGCAUCCAAUGCAAUCCGUUGCAGAAAGGAUGGAAACUGGACAGGCUCGUUCCGGUUAUGCCCACACAUCAAAGGCCAGUGUUCUUUACCUCAAAACCUCCAUUACAGCCUGCAGUACUCAUGCAAGCGGGGACACGGCAUAGGUGAGGAGUGUGAGCUGAGUUGCAGGGAGAGCAACAACGACGUGGUGAUCCUCCCUAGCAACAUGACAGCCGAAAGUGUACUUAAAGAGCACUGGAGGAACCCGCACAAAGUCAAGAGUAUAGUUUGUACAAUGGGGAUGAAAUGGUAUCCACACCCAGAAUUUCUCCAUUGCAUCAAAGGAUGUGAGCCAUUCAUGGGAGACAACUACUGUGAUGCGGUCAACAACAGAGCCUUCUGCAACUAUGAUGGAGGAGACUGCUGCCAAUCCACUGUCAAGACCAAGAAGGUGAUUCCUUUCCCCAUGUCGUGCGACAUACGAGAUGAGUGCUCCUGUCGGGACCCCAACGCGAUAGAGAACAGAAGGGAUGAACAUGUCCAUUCCCUGGGGUGACCAACCUACCAACCAAACAUCCCAGAAACCUUGCUCCAACACAACACAGCCUUCAUCCUCCUCUCGGCCUCCAAUUUCCUGCACAUGCUGCUUAAAAGGCAUACCUCUCCGUCCAUACUGCAACCCCCGACCAGCUGAAAAAGGCCUCCACCUCCACACCACACAAAGGUCUAGGAAUGAGGAUGGGACUCAUGAGACUCCACUGAAAACUCCAUUUCUCACCCACUACUCUACUCUAAGGAAAGUAACCCUGCAAUAUCAUCAUCAUCAUCAUCAUCAUCA